GCUCCAGGGUGUGGAUGAGAUAAACCUGAGCAGAGCUGUUGUGAUUGACAGAGCUGGUGCAGGUUAUUUCAGUCUCUCCUCCCUCACUCCCUUAUUUAUGGCUUGGGACAGUGACCUCACUUCUGGCUGCUGCUGCUUCACUGCAGAACUUCCCCGGGGUCAGUCUGCUCCCAACUGCUCGCGUCUCUAAUCACAAUGGCUGAGAAAAAAGAGGUAGCAAAAGCAACGGAGAACAGCAAGCCUGGGGAGGAUGGCAAGCCUGGCCAGGAUGGCAAGCCGGGUGAGGAUGGCGAGGAGCCUGGGGAGAAAAUAGAGCUCCCCGAACUGGGGCCGUUUGAAAUAAUUACUGGGAGACGUUUUAUGAUCCAUUAUUUUAAAUUCCAAUUCAAAAACGUGGAGUAUUCCUCGGGGAGGAAUAAGACCUUCCUGUGCUACGUGGUGGAGACGUUGGGCGAGGACACCGUCAAGACCGAGGGCUUCCUGGAAGACGAGCACUCGACCACGCAUGCGGAGGACGCCUUCUUCAACCAGAUCUUUGGCCCCCAGCAGUGCAGCGGUGACUUGAAGUACCGGCUCACGUGGUACGUGUCCUCCAGCCCGUGUGCAGCUUGUGCGACCCGGAUAGUAGAGUUCCUGCGCCGCUACCCAAACGUCUCACUCACCAUCCUCGCUGCUCGCUUGUUCAUGUGGGAGGAGCCCGAGGUGCAGGACGGGCUGCGUAUGCUCAAAGCCGCUGGCUGUCGCUUGAGGAUCAUGAAGCCCGUGGACUUUAUCUUCUGUUGGGACACCUACGUGGAGAAUGAGGGCGAGGCUUUCCAGCCCUGGGAGGACAUUCAAGAGAACAGCUCAUAUCACGAAGAGAAGCUGCAUGAAAUUUUAGAGAAAGCCUAGAAAGGGCGUAGCCCGCUCUGUGCCACCUGAUACCCCGGGAGUCGCUGGGAAGUGAAGGAACGGACAUACUUUCCUCUAUUCAUUUGGACAGAACCAACAGAAUCUGCUGAAACGCCUCUUACUGUGUGUCUGAUGUUUGUGAAAUGACAGCAAAUAGCCGCAGCCCCUCACUGCGUAGCUUAGGGAAAGCGGUUCCAAACAGUCGACCACAGCAAGGUGUCUAUAGGAAUCAUUUUCAAAUCUCAGACUUUAUUCCUUUUGUAAAGUUUGUGUUUUGUAUGGUGAAAUGAAGUGAAUUAAAAUAUGUGACUACAA